CUUUCCCUCUCUCCAUUCAUGUGAAGCGCUGUUUCAUACGUUCAGUGAUGCCUCUGCAGCCCGCAGACGAAACGAUACAGGAAGAUACUACAGUGUAUGGGACCUUAACAUCCAAGUGACGUCCUAUAUGAUAAAUUCCGGUUUGUUACAUUCUCGAGGAAAAAGAAGCAUUUUUAGCGAAAUUCCGAGGAUUACUCUCGAGGCGAUUCUCGGACGGUCUGUGUUGUCAAGGUGGAGACAUGUGCGUGCAUCGAGGAUGAGGAGCCUGGAAUUAAGCACAGGAGAGAAAAGAUGCCAAAGAUGAGACAAUAAAGAAGAGGCUUCGGACUGCAAACGCGAGCAGGAUGAAGGCAAAACUUCAAUUGACCUGAAAAAUUGAGAGCUAGUGUUGGGGCCUGUGCAGACUACCCGCUGCAGCAGUUGGAUGUGCACGUCGACCCGGCCACGAUGACAAUGAAAGGCCUGUCCAGCAGUCGUAGUCACCACCACACGGUGACCUGCGACCCCUCUUAUGACUCCAUGACCAUGGGGCACUCGGACCGUCGGUCCUACUUUCUCAACCCUGGGGAGGCUCAUCCUGCUGACCACCCCUGUUACACCCAGCGCAACUCCUUCCAGUCUGAGUGCGAUGCCUACCCUGACCUGGCCAGCUGCACCUUCCCUCGCAGACAUUACAGCUCUCACCAUGAGCUGAAAGAGGAGUGCGGCCCUAUGGUGCCUUAUACUGGGCCAACAGGGAACAGUAAGGGAGGUGGAGGAGGUGGUGGAAACAACAACCGAAUCCCUUCAAAUCUGCUAGAGCAGUUUGAGCGCCAAGCACCGGUGCAGCGUGAAGGCUACCACACACUGCAGUACAAGCGCACUGCAGUAGAACACCAACGUAGUGACAGCCCUGGUCGAAUCCGUCAUCUUGUUCACUCUGUCCAGAAGCUUUUCACCAAAUCCCACUCCCUGGAGGGGCCCUCAGGGUCUGGGGGUGGCGGGAGUGGGAGGAUGAAUGGCAGCAAAUCCAGUCCUGAUGACCCACCCUCCUCUUCUGGCACCCUGAAGCACAGUAAGCGAAGUAAGAGCAAAGACCGCUCCAAGUCAGAGCCUAAGAUGCAAACUGCUAUCUCAGGCUACUGGAGCUCAGACGACAUGCUUGACCGGGAGAUGUGCCUCUACCCCCAUCACCACGGGGGCAGCAGUGGAGGCCUGCCUUCGGGGGUCAUGACUAUGGGGCGCCACCCGGACAAAUCCCAGUCGCAGUACUUCAUGGAGUCCUACAACACCAUCAGCGCCCACUCUCUCAAGACGUCACGCAGCAAUAAUGAUAUGAAAUGCUCAACGUGCUCAGGAGGCAGCAGCGGAGGUAUACCACUGGUGGGCACCCUGGAUGGCAAAGUGCAGCUGAAGAAGAGCUCGUGGUCUUCUACUCUGACGGUGAGCAGAGCAAGAGAGGUCUAUCAGAAGGCCUCAGUCAACCUAGAUAAAGCUCUAGUGAAAGCCGAGCAGGGACGCACCUGCCACUUCCUACAGGUGCCUCAGGAUGACUGGAGCGGUUUCUCUCCACUGGGGAAGGAUGACGAGAUCCCGUGCCGGCGGAUGCGCAGUGGCAGCUACAUCAAGGCCAUGGCCGAAGAAGACAGCGGCGACUCGGACUGCAGCCCCAAACCCUCGCCCAAGGUCCAGGCUCGACGAGCCAGCUAUCUAAAGGCCACACAGCCAUCCCUCACAGAGAUGACAACACUCAAGAUUUCCACAGAGCACUCGCCCAAGCUGCAGAUCAGGAGUCACAGCUACCUGCGGGCGGUGAGUGAGGUUUCCAUCAAUAGGAGUCUGGACAGCUUGGACCCGGCAGGGCUGCUGGCCUCACCUAAAUUCCGCUCGCGAAAUGAGAGCUACAUGAGAGCCAUGAGCACCAUCAGCCAGGUGAGCGAGGUGGAGGUGAACGGGCAGAUCGAGGCAGUGUGUGAGUCAGUGUUCAGUGAAAUGGAGUCGCAGGCGGUGGAUGCCCUGGAUCUGCCCAUGCCCAGCUGCUUCCGCAUGCGGAGCCACAGCUACGUGCGUGCCAUAGAGAAAGGCUGCUCGCAGGAAGAGGAGGAGAGAGGCGUCAUGGUGGGCAUCAGGAGGACCAAAUCACCCCCGCACACCACCACAACCGUCAGAACCAUCCAGAGCAGCACAGUGUCAUCAUGCAUCACUACCUACAAGAAGACUCCUCCCCCAGUCCCACCACGGACCACACCGUCCAAACCCUUCAUAUCCAUCACGGCACAGAGCAGCACUGAGUCCGCUCAGGAUGCCUACGUGGACGGGGGCUCCGGCCCACGGGCAGGCAUCAGUUCCCAGCCGGGCCUGUCCAACUCCACGGAAAGCAUCGACAGCAUGAAAGCCCUGACAGCAGCCAUAGAGGCGGCUAACGCUCAGGUGCAUGGCCCUGCCAGCCAGCACGUCACCAACAGCACCAUCACCAUCACUGCCACCGCCACCACCUCUGCCAUCACGCACGUCUCCACGGAGAGCAAGGCGCAGAGGGAAGCGUUCCGCAAGUCCCUCUCCAUAGGGAUCCAGGUGGAUCCAGAGGAAGGAGGGCCAACGGAAGAGCAGUCUAAAUUCCAGUCGAUAGGAAUUCAGGUGGAGGAUGAGCGAUGUUACCGCAGGAUGACCCGUUCCAACAGCGUGACCACGGCAGUGCAGGCUGACCUCGACGACCCCGCAGACGCCCCCGAGCUGCCGCCACGUCACUGUGCCACCAUGCCGCGCCAGCACUCCCGCGAUGCUGCUUCUUCUACCGUAAGCAUCCAGGGCUCGGGGAACCACUACCACGCUUGUGCAGCUGACGACUAUGGGGAUGUGGGGUUCGACCCUUCAAUCCUGCCCCCUCCAGACCCAUGGAUGGACAGCGUGGCCGAGCCAGAGGUGGAGGCUCUGGAGGCUGUCGGACGAUUGGUGUGCCCCCGUGACGGCCACUGGUUCCUCAAGUUGCUGCAGGCUGAGAUGGAGCGAAUGGAGGGCUGGUGUCGACAGAUGCAACAGGAUGAGAUCGAGAAAGAGCUGCCUGAUGAGAUCCUGGGGAAGAUCCGCAGUGCAGUGGGGAGUGCCCAGCUGCUUAUGUCCCAGAAGUUCCAGCAGUUCCGGGAGCUGUGUGAGGAGAAUCUGAACCCAAAUGCACACCCACGGCCCAUCUCCCAGGACCUGGCAGGUUUCUGGGAUAUGCUCCAGCUGUCUAUUGAGAACAUUAGCCUGAAGUUUGAUGAACUCCACCAACUUAAAGCCAACAACUGGAAUCCUCUGACCCCGCCAGAAAUUCAGGAGAGAAGGAUGCCCCCUCCUGUGCCAAAGAAGCCCCUGAAGGGCCACCACCCUCCCCUGGCUAGGGACCGCUCGCUGGAGAGCUCUGAGCGCCAGCGUCUGGAGGCUCGUAAACGCCUGCUAGCUGCCAAACGUGCCGCAUCGGUUCGACAGAGCUCUGCUACCGAGAGCGCAGACAGUAUCGAGAUUUAUAUCCCAGAGGCUCAGACCAGACUAUGAGACACGCAAAUGCAUGUACCCACACACACAUGCUCAAUACACUGUCCCAUACCCUCUAUAGCACUGACUGGUAAGACUAGGGGGCUAACAUAACAUAAACACAUCUUUUGCGGACUAUCCAGAUCACUGUGCGGUCAGUCACAAUGGAAGAAAAACACGAAAUGUACAUUUACACUAUUUAUUUAUUUAUUAGCCCCCAACCCAGUUCCCAAAUUUUAUUCUCCCAGCUUUAAUGUAGCAGUCCCUCUUCUUCCUAUACCUCCAUCUGCCCCUCACUGUCAAAGAAAUAUCUUAUGAAUCCCUUUCUUUAAGUGGCCUAAUAUUUCAAAGUAAGCCAGGUGUAGCACAGCAGUGAUGCUUCACGUUAUUAUAUUCUAGGUGCCGAGAAUCAGAGGUAAACAAGAAGAGUGCAUGCAUGUGGAAUGUGUGUAUGUACACAUGCAACACACACAACAAGUUAUUUAUUUGGUCUGAUCUGCAUCUGAUCUGCUCAGAUCAAAUGUAUUUAAUUAAAUAGAGAAACCAGACCUCACAUAUUGAGUCAUAUCCAAGAUGUAUUAUGUGUUAUGUAUUUUAUUUUAUUUAUUUUAAUUUUUUUUUUUUUUUGAAUGAAAUCCCACAAACUGAUUCUGAAAUCUAUCAGCUGAGUUUUUAAUUUUGAGGCCAAACUUUAUGAAAGAAAAUAAAGGU